CCGUCGCUCAGUGUCAGCCAACGGUGCACUCAUUAGUGUGGUGUGCGGACUCUAGUAUGUCAGGAGAAGAACAAGACGGGAAAAGCAGCCCAACCCAUGGAGUCCGGUCCCAUGUAAAGAUGCCAAGUUUUUAGAAUUGUUAUUUUCCUUUAAUUAGUGGUCCUGUGAAGACCAGGCUGACUUGCCUUGCUAUGGAGUUUAGGAGAGUUCCUCUGAACCUGAAGACUUUGUUCCUGACCAUGAUGAUGUUCAAAUGGGGAAUAUUCUGUAACGCCACCUCAGACAAGUGCUUGUCUGCGCCCUGCCGCAACGCUGCCACCUGCGUGGACAACAUGGACGACUACGUCUGCCUCUGCCCCAGGGACGGGGUCCGCUACAUGGGCAAGGAUUGUGACCAACUCUAUGACGCUUGUCUUUUCAACCCCUGCGACGACUGCACCAGCAAACCGGGCACCGCGCAGUACCACUGCGUGUGCCCGGACGGACUGACCGGCGACAACUGCACCGAGGACAUAAACGAAUGCGAGAGCAAUCCAUGUUCCGAACCGCGUUCCGUCUGCGUGGACCAACUCAACGGCUACUUUUGCAGGUGCCCGCCCGGGUACGGCGGAGAUGACUGCAAAACACAUGUCACAGACUGCGUGGACGCGCCUUGUCAGAACGAAGGCAGCUGCAUCCUGCUACCAGAGGGCUUCAGGUGCCAGUGUGCGAUGGGGUUCGAAGGGCGGUACUGCGAGGAGGACGUGGACGAGUGCGCGUCCCACCCGUGUCAGAACGGGGCGAUCUGUAUGGACGGGGUGGCCGAGUUCCACUGCUUUUGCGUGCCCGGUUUCCAGGGCUACAACUGCGAGUUUGACAUCAAUGAGUGUGCGUCGCGUCCCUGCGAGAACAACGCCACCUGCAUCAACGAGAAGGACCACUACGAGUGUGAAUGUCUUGAAGGCUUCACGGGAGUGAACUGUGAAAUGGAGAUUGAUGAGUGCGAGUCCAACCCCUGCCAGAAUGAAGGAACGUGCCAUGAUCUCGUUGCCAUGUACUCCUGUGAAUGCCGUCCUGGUUUUGACGGCACAGACUGUGAGGUGGAUGUCGAUGAGUGCACGAGCGGGCCUUGUCAAAAUGAGGCGAUCUGUCAUGACCGUGUCAACAGCUACGAGUGUGACUGCACGGAGACGGGUUUCACAGGGGACUACUGUGAGGAAGACAUUCUCGAGUGUGCCUCUGACCCAUGUCAGCAUGGAGCUACCUGCCUGGAGGGGAUCAGGGAGUACAAGUGCCUCUGCUGGCCAGGUUAUGAAGGGCCAAACUGCGAGGUUGACAUAGACGAGUGUGCCGUGCAGCCGUGCCUGAACGGAGGAGAGUGCUUCCAGAGGUCUGACCCAACCCACUGGGAGCAGGGCUGGGAGCUGGACCAUGCAGAUGCUGCAGGGUACAUCUGUCAGUGUACACCAGGCUUCGCAGGAGAGAACUGCUCUGUCGAUAUUGACGAGUGUGAGUCAGAGCCCUGCCAUAAUGGCGGAAUCUGUGAAGAUCAGAUCAAUGGCUACGCCUGUAACUGUGCAGCUGGAUUUGGAGGUGUCCUCUGUGAGAUCAACAUAGACGAGUGCGAGAGCCAGCCCUGCCUGAACGGCGGCUGGUGCGAAGACGGCCUGGCCUCCUACGUUUGCCACUGUCCCGACGUCAAGCCCGCCGGCAAACUCCCUUGGGGAGGAGAGCGCUGCCACGUCAAGCUCUAUGGCUGCGUGGACCACGACUGUCUCAACGGGGCCACCUGCCUGCCCUGGCUGCGCCACGAUGAGCACGGCCACACCUGCCUGUGCCAGCAUGGCUUCUUCGACGACCGCUGCUCCACGCAGACCACCUUCUCCUUUUCGGCUCCGGGAUUCGUCCACAUCCAUGUCGACCCUCAUGAGGAACGAAGGCGAAGGGAGGCAGGCGAGCAGCCUCAUCUUCUCGCGGGGUACAGAGGAGUGCGGUUGCGCUUUCGGACCACGCUGCCAAACAUGCUGCUGUUUUACCGAGGCGACGCCGCCAGCUUUCUGUCGCUGGAGAUUGUGAGCAGCGGCCUACACGCAAAGGGCCUCUUCGAGGGAUCCGAACUGGAUGUCCAUUACCCGGGCUCGGUGAGCGACGGGGAUUGGUGGGACGCGCAUGCGUUUGUGACCCAAGACAGUCUCAGUUUGGUGUUGAAAGGCUCCACCUGUGACCCUAAAGGAUGCACAAUUGUAGACGCCAGUCAUGACGGGCUCCAGUUAAAUCCUGAAUCCUUUACCCACGUUUACGUGGGUGGCGCGCCGGAUGACCUUCUUGAGCGGACCGUGAGUGGCGAGGGUUUCCUAGGAUGCAUGGAAGACCUGGAGAUAGACUCAAAGCCAAUCCUGCCACAAGACCUUCCAGAGGGCCAAAGCCACGAGCUCGGCUGUAGCAAGACUGAGUGGUGCGAGUCCGAUCCUUGCUCAGGACACGGACAAUGUGUGGACCUGUGGACCAAACACAGAUGUGACUGUCACCGGCCCUACCGAAGCCAGAGUUGCUCAGAGGAGUUCCAGUCGUGGACGUACAGCCACGAAGACACAGUGAGCUACAGUGCCUACGACGUCAGAAGCAGCCACCGGGGGGACUUUAGCGUCUCCUUCUUCAUCAGGUCCUUGAAGCCCGAUGGACUACUCUUUCAGCUGCGGAAGCCCACCGGAGACGGCGAGGGACAGGUCUACUUCUCUGUGUACCUGGGCAUGGGCAGGGUCUUCGUUAGCUCCCUUCCUAGCAGCACACCGCUAACGGCGCCCAUCUUCGUAGCCAAUGGUGAGAAGCAAUUUCUACAGGUGGAAGUCCAGCAGAGGAAGGUGAUCUUUGAGCAUGCGGGCCUUCGAUACGGGAUAGGGGAGAUCCCGGAGGUGGAGGUGAACAGCGGUGAUGUGGCCUACGUCGGAGGCCUGGCCCAACACUGGAGCUCAGAGGCCUGGGGGGGUGCUUUCAAAGGCUGCCUGCAGGACGUGCGUCUGGACACAGUGCAUCUGGUCUUGGAAGCGUGGAGUGACUCGGAAGAAGGGAGUCUGGGUUUGGCACGUGACGCUGAACACGUUGAGAGUGGAUGUGUCAGUGAUGAUACUUGCAAGGUUGGGCCAUGUGAAAACGAAGGGAGCUGCGCCAUCACCUUCAAUGACUUCACGUGCUCCUGUCCAGAGCACUACACGGGCAAGACCUGCGCAACAAGAGUUUGGUGUGUUAGCAACCCGUGUGCCAACGGGGGCCAGUGUGUGGACCUCUUGGAUGGAUAUGAAUGUGUCUACAACGCCACCUUUGAGAACAGCCCCGUCCGCUACAGCACCAGAGGUACCCUGUCCGAGCCCGUGACCACCAUCUACAUAGAGCUGCGGACUCGCUCACAGAACGCCGUGCUCCUCCGGGCCGCCCGUGGCUCCGACCUGCUGACGGUGGGGCUGCAGGACUCCUUGCUCCACGUGGAGAUCCACAGCGGCAACACCGUGGAGACGCUGGCCUUCAGCGGGAGACGCCGGGUGGCCGACGGCAGCUGGCAUCGCGUGACCGUGGCGAUGGCCGGACAAGAGAAGGACAAGCCCUCUCCCUGGAUCAUCACCGUGGACGGGAUCACGGACGCCAGCAGCGCGCCCCAUCGCAGCGGGAGCGUUCGGUUCCUAGGUGACCGGGAGGCGGUGGUGUCCGUCGGCGAGAGAUUCAAGGGGUGCUUCGGAGCGGUGCGGGUCGGCGGGGUGUACCUUCCCUUUGUCGCCGACCCCAAGGCCCCGCAGGCUGCCCAGUUCCACCCAGUUGGGAAUAAAAAGAUCUCUGUAGGUUGCAGGAGCACGGACGUUUGUGCUUCCAACCCGUGUCGCAACGGAGCGCAGUGCACAGACCUUUUUAACGCCUUUGGCUGUGAUUGCGAAGCUGGCUGGAUGGGAGAACGUUGCCAUUUAGAUAUUGAUGACUGCGCAUCUGGACCUUGUGGCCAUGGAAGCUGCAAAGACUAUUUGUCCGGGUUUGAGUGUCAGUGCCACUCUGGAUACGCUGGUGAGCGUUGCGAAGAAGAUCUAAACGAGUGUGACAGUCAUCCUUGUGAACAUGGAGGCACUUGUAAAGACGGUCCCAAUACGUUCACCUGUUUAUGCCCAAAGAACUACGCUGGACCACGCUGUCAGUGGGACUAUCCUCCAGCACAGUGUGGUAAAGAUAUUCAGUGUUCGAGCCAGGGUGUCUGCAACGAUGGCCUGUGGGGCGCAAACUGUACCUGUACACCGGGAUAUGCAGGAGUCAGGUGUGAGAGUGAGGUAGAUGAGUGCGAGUCGAACCCGUGUCGAAACGGGGGCACCUGUUUGGAUCGUCUCAACCGGUUCCUCUGCUUGUGUCCGCCCGGAUUAUCGGGCCCAAUCUGUGAUACAAAUAAACAAGCCCAAAAGGACCGUGUUCCCUGGUUAAUAGUGGCCAUCCCGCUGGUGUGCCUCUGCGUUUUAAUACUGAUAGUCGGCCUGACCUUCAUGGUGCUCACGGCCAGGAAGAAACGCCAGUCCGAGGGGGCUUACAGUCCCAGCACACAGGAGGUGGCCGGGGCUCGCCUCGAAAUGGACAGCAUGCUCAAAGUUCCCCCGGAGGAACGCUUGAUAUGACCAAGGGAGUCUUGCUGAUCAGCUGACCAGAGGGACUGCUGUCAUUGGUAGAAAACACACCGGACUUUAUAGCGGUUUUCCUAUCUGUGAGCUUGUUGAAUUGCAAAUAAGGAAGAAGAAGAAGAAAGGUGAAAUACUGCCCCCUCCAGGAGAGGGACUUUUGGACAAGUGUUGCUUUUUUGCUUAUUAUCUCAAGAUAUCAGGAGUACUUCAAUUUGAACAUCAUGAAUGUUCACACUGUAUUGUUGUACAGUUAACUUUAUUGCAUAUUUUAGAUUGUAUAUCUUAAAACAUUUUUUAAUGUUUUGGAAACAGAAUAUAAUAUAUAAAUGAAUGCAAUCUUUUUAAACAUCUGAUUGUAUUGAUCUAAAUUCUACAAUUAUAAAAAUUGUAUUGGAGAUUUAAGAUAUUAUUUUAUAUUUUAUAAGAUGCAUUCAUUCAAUGAAUUGAAUGCUAUUAAAAGUACAUUAUCAUAAAUACAACUAAAUACAAUAUUUAAGGGAAUAGUAUAAUAUAUUGAUUGAUGGUGAUUUGUCAAAAUCGAGAUCAGAUUAAUUACAGAAAGGGACCAGGCAACACUUAGAUUCAGGUCUUAAUUUUUAAGACGUUUUGUUGUCUUUGUUGUAUUUGUAUGUCUUAAAAAACGUAAACACAAAUACAGAAUGAAUUGAUAGGCAGGCUGAGGCACGUUCCCCUCUCAACUGUGUUCCAACAUCGUGUUGCCUAGGGUACCGUCAGAGCUAUGCAUCCAUUUUGGGGAUGACAUCAUCAGAGCCUGAUAUAGGCCUUAUUUCCACCCAGUUGUUGGUUCAUAAAUGACUACUGAAUUUGUACAUAGUUUGUAAUCCUGGGUUUUCAAUAUUUUUUGAUAUUGAGCACCUCAAAUGUAACGGGAAAAAAAGAAAGCGUCUCUGCUCAUACGGUAGGCCUACCUCUAAGUUCACACUAAAUAGUACUACAAAGGCAGAAACCACGUCAGAGGAAUGGUCAGGAGCACAGAGGUGAAAAGAAAACGUCAGUGCAUCCUGUAGGCCUGCUGCUUCAUGUUGAAAUCGUCUAGUCACCACUUUAGCCUUACCAAGUCCAAAACUUCUCUGAUGUCUCCUUGUAGUCAAAGUCUACUGAGUGAGGAGCUUUGUCAGGUGGUUUAAGAACAACUCGAGACAAACAUGAAGACCUAGGAUCUAGAGCUGGACUUCAAGAUUGUGCAGGGUGAACUGAACAGGUGAUGGUGGUACAGUACCAUCAGCUUAAAAUAAAAUGAUAUCAUACACUGGACUAGUAAUAAAACAUUAACGGAAGGCUGCUACUGUAACUAACUCAUAACCGCACAAUAAACAACCGUAAACCGAUAACUGGAUGGAGGCUUAGGCUAACCCAUAUUGCUAAAACACAGACUUUAGGUUGGGUUUGUCUGGGGUAGCUGUUUACCAUGUCCACCAUUAACAUUGUAUAUUUAUACAUAUUGUAUAUGCACGUAUUAUGUUUAUUGUGUACUUGACAAUCAUGGCAUUUAGCAAACUGAUAUUGCAGAUCUGGUUUUGUAUGCAUGUUGCUCUUUGUCAAACAUCCACAUCCAUAUUUAUUGUUUCUACAUUUCUCUUUUGGUUUACCCACAGGAAGCCACCUGGCUAUACCAUAAUGACACUGGUCUUUUUCUCUAUUUGCCACAGAACAAAAACAAUAAUGUAUAGUUAACAGACUCUGAAUGUCCAUUCAAUGAUGUCAGAACUAGGAACUAUUAGCAGGGACCUCACAAUAGCAUAUCACAGUUUAAAUGUUGUGCCGAUAAGAUAUGUAUUGUGACACUGUAAAUAUCGCGAUAUGAUCUCGCAAAUGUUUUGUGCGAUUUAUAUGAUAUGGUUUCAACUUGGGGAUGGAUUCUACAGAUCCAUGUGUGUCCGCGAUUGCUUUUUUGUAACGGAAGCGGCCAUGUGUGACACGUGCAGGGACCGAAGUGCCAAGUAGUCGGUCGUUGGCAGGUGAUUUCACAUAAGUGGAGAGCAGGUUAACUAAUAUAUCUCUUAGAGGUUGGCGGUAAGGUCAAGAUUAAAGGUUUAAUGAUACGAUACUAUCUGGUGAGGUUUAUAAGGCAAGAAAUUGUUGUCGUUUUUGUUAUCACGUUGGUACUACCAAUCGUUAGCAUAGUGUCCUUGGAAGAAUUUUCACCUGAAAACUAAAAGCAUAUGGUGGUAAAAACGUUUCAAAUUAUGUCUGCAGGGUUUUCUUUUAUGAGGUGUAAUACGAUGUCUGCAUUUUCUUUGUCUACUGACUAAUUGACUAGGCCUAAAUAUUGUCUUUGUUUCUGGUAACUUUCUCGAACUUUUGGUUCCUACCUGUUUUCAUCAACGGAGUGGGCUACUGCUGCCUGACGCUCUCCAUUUCAGCUCCAGCUGAAGUUACAAACAAAAUUGUGUACGGGAGUCAACGGAACUUAAUUAAAAAAUGUCGAUUUCCCCGGGAAUCUCCAUAAUGUAAAUUGAGUCGUGAAGCCCGAGAUGGGCGUGACUCGGAAAACAAUACAGCGCCUCUAGGUCGGUACGAUCAAUAUGCGAUUGCAUUCAUUGGUGGCUUCGUUUUGUGCGGCUACAUGAAAAUUCAAUUAUUUCGAAGGUAAAGCUUCACGAUACAUACAUGAAUCUAGUCGUCCGUCCGUCCCCAUCACUCCUACAGAUAGCUAAAUAAAUGUGUGAUUAGGAGUGCCUAUUUGAGGGUAUAGAUUUGACACACAUUUCUUCGGGAGGGGGAUUUUAUAUCAGUUUCCAUCGGUUAUAUGGGCCUACACUAAAUUCUUGAGAGAUGCUUGUAGUGUUUCAUGAGAGUUAAAGCGCAAAUAACUGCACAAUCCGUGUGAUGACUCAGUGCUCAUGUAUGGCUUUGUUGCCUUUAAUAAAAAAAAUCGUGUACAUGCCUGCUAAUGAUUGUGAGGAAACUGCAAAAACAGUGAAAUUAGCACUUUCACUUUCCCUUUCGAUUCACGCCAUUUAAUUCUCAGUGCUAUAGUGUGAAAAAUGUAAGUAGGACAGUGGUUUUUAUAGCUUUAAAGAAUAUAAUUUAGAAGCAAUAGUCUCCCAUAAGAUAAGCAUAGGUAUAUUCAACUUAACGGAACAAGAAAAUAAAAAAAUGCAAUUACCAAAAUAUGGACAGAAUAUAUAAUUUAUAUACAUUUUCCUGAAGCAAUUACAAAGAUGAAAUAAUAAAUAAUAAUCAGCAUCACAUGUUUCUGUUUUGCACAACAUUGUGUAAACAUUAUGUGAACGAAUGAUGUCAUUUCGGGUAACACAGAUCUUCAGUCAUACACAGCAUCCUCUUUAUACACAAUCACACAUGUGCUUGACCUUAAAAGACACUUCAGUUCCAGUCACUUUUAAGCGACAAGAUUUUUGGCAUCACCACACAAUGAUCUCAGAGAUGACCUAAAAAGCAGUAAAGGAAAUAGCAGCAAUUUCGGGACAUUGAUUUGAUCUGUUUUGGUGUUUAAAAGUCAGAAUGGAGCCGCUUGAAAAUAAUUGUGUAGCAUUUGUAAGGACAAACAGUAGUAAAUAUAUAUAUUGGCAAUGCGAGUCACAUUACCAGCACAUUUAGUUCAGUUAUAAGACUUAACAUAAGACACAGGAAAAAGGCGAAAG